AUGGCCACAACACGAAACCUGUAUGAUAUCUUGAGCGUUCCCCAGGGAGCUUCAUCCGACGAUGUACGGAAAGCUUACAAGUUCAAGGUCCUCGAAACCCAUCCAGACAAGCUGCCUCCUGGUUCAGACGAGGCGACCAUAGCUGCCGCGGAGGCGGAAUUCAGAGACAUCCGUACGGCGUUUGACGUCCUGAGCGACCCUGCGAAGCGCAAGGCUUACGACAACGGCCUCAACUUCGUCAAACGCCGCGUCAACGUCAACCCGGAAGACGUGCAAGUUCGCCUUGCGCGCGAACGUGCGGAAUGGCACAAACAAGCGGAAGCUCGGCACCAGGAGCGCAUGAAGGUGCUGCAUGAGGAAAUCGGCGCCAGCCAGAAGCGGUACCAGGAAUCGCUGGCACAGACGGAGCUCCGGUACCAGGAGAAGAUGAGGACCAUCGAGGAACAGCUCACUUUGCACCGGGAGGUCGCGCGGGCGGUUGCUGCGGGGGAGCCGGAAGGCACAUACACCUUGGUGGAUGAGAUGCUCAGUGACUUGAGGAGACGGUGCCCGGAGUGGGAGAUUCGGAGGCAGAAGGUACUCAAGGUGAGUCUCGAAACCCAGCUCCGAAGAAGUAAAGGGCUCAUGUCCUUCACGCAGCAACGGGUCGAACGAGUGAAGGAGGAAGCUCAAGCAGUUCAGAUUUUGGCCGAGUGA